AUGGGGAAAGUAUCUUAUGGGUUUUUGGCGUUGAUGCUUGUAGUUGUGGUGAUAGGGGUUGUAGAGUGUAGGAGAUUUGAGAAGGAGACGUUGGGAGGUGGUGGACUUGGUGGUGGGUUUGGGGGAGGAAAAGGUUUUGGUGGUGGUCUAGGUGGUGGUGCUGGUGGUGGUCUAGGAGGUGGUGGAGGCCACGGUGGAGGUAUUGGCGGUGGUGUUGGUGGUGGUCUAGGAGGUGGUGGAGGACUAGGAGGAGGUAGUGGGGGUGGUGCUGGAGGAGGUGCUGGUGGUGGUCUAGGAGGUGGAGGAGGACUCGGAGGAGGCGGUGGUGCUGGUGGUGGUUUAGGAGGUGGUGGAGGACUCGGAGGAGGCCACGGUGGAGGUAUUGGCGGUGGUGCUGGAGGAGGUGGUGGUUUAGGAGGUGGUGGAGGACUCGGAGGAGGCCAUGGUGGAGGUAUUGGUGGUGGUUCCGGAGGAGGUGCUGGUGGUGGUUUAGGAGGUGGUGGAGGACUUGGAGGAGGCCAUGGUGGAGGUAUUGGUGCCGGAGGAGGUGCUGGUGGUGGUCUAGGAGGUGGUGGAGGCCUCGGAGGAGGCCAUGGUGGAGGUAUUGGUGGUGGUGCCGGAGGAGGUGCUGGUGGUGGUGCCGGAGGAGGUGCUGGUGGUGGUCUAGGAGGUGGUGGAGGAGGAGGUGCUGGUGGAGGAUUCGGAGGAGGUCAAGGUGGAGGUAUUGGCGGUGGUUCAGGAGGAGGAUUUGGUAGUGGUGCUGGCGGAGGAGCUGGUGGAGGUAUUGGAGGAGGCGCUGGUGGAGGAGGUGGCGGAGGGUUUGGUGGAGGCGGAGGUCACGGUGGAGGUGUUGGUGGAGGAUUUGGUGGAGGAUCAGGCGGAGGAUUUGGCGCUGGUGCUGGUGCUGGCGGAGGAGCUGGUGGAGGAUUUGGUGGUGGAGGUGGUGGCGGUGGUGGAUUUGGCGGUGGAUUUUAA